GGGCUUAAUAAAAAGAGUGAGGCUAACUUUGUAAAAUACAAAUAACGACCACGAGAGUCAGAUAUAGUCGUAAAAAACAAAACAUCGGCCAGUAGCAAAGAAUCUGGGGGAAUGGCGUCGUCAACCGUCGUAUCUAAAGAUAUACCAUCGAAAACCGCCGCAUGGGUCACCGGAUUCAUCAUGAACUGUGGUGGCGGCGGCGUAAUUCCGUCUAAUAUGGACAGGGAAGGAGUGGAAACUGAUCUGAUCCGCAGCCUUGUCAAGGUUCAACAUAUUGAUCGUGGCCGUGUUUCCUGCAUCCUCACCGUCAAACCUUAUGCUUGUAAUGCUUACAACACUUUUCAUGGAGGAGUGGUUGGAUCAAUAGCAGAGAUUGUUGGCAUAGCUUGUGCUAGAACCGUUGUUAGCAAAGAUAAAGAGCUUUUUCUUGGUGAACUGAGCGUCUCUUGUCUCGCUGCUAUCAAAAUCCACGAAGAAGUGAUCGUUGAUGCAUCUGUGGUAAGGAGUGGAAGGAACUUGACAGUUGUCACCAUAGAGUUCAAGCAAAAGGAUUCAGAAAGAGUGUCUUACUUGUGCCGUGCUACCUUAUAUAACAUGCCUGUUGCCAGUUUGUGAGGAAUCCUUCCAGGUCCAUCUGCUUGAUGUCAAAUGAAAAGAUUACAAGACCUGCAGAAAAGAUACUACAUGUAUUUGGUAUUAAGUCAAGAUUGAGACCUGCAGGAAGACAAGAAAGUGGUACAAGGGAUUAAAAUUCUCUAGAUUGUACCUGAUCAAUACUAAUAUCUAGAUAGUGUUUAGUUUGAAUGGUUUGCUAUAUAAUAUGUACAUGGAGAUAAUUUACUUGCAGAUUGAAUAGCAUCCAUUUUAUGUCGAGUCUGUCUUUGUGUUAUUGUAGUCAUUGUCAUACCAUCAUUUUCUUUGUAUCUAACUUUGUUUGUGUAUACGUGUUUGUUUUUAGCGUUAA